AUGUCUGUGGCUCGGCUUUCCACCGAGGAUGGUGAGAGGGAGUCCAAAAGGUCUAAAAAGGGGAACUCACUUGUGCUGGGAUUCUCGGACGAGGAUAAGAUUGGAACCAUCCAACCUCACAACGAUGCUUUGAUAGUUACGCUCAAGAUUGGAGGGUUCGACGUGAAGAGAGUACUGGUAGACUCGGACAGUGCUAUGGAGGUGAUGUACCCUGAUCUGUACAAGGGGCUGAACCUAAAGCCCGAUGACCUAAUGGCUUAUGAUUCCCCUUUUGUAAGUUUCGAAGGGAAGACUGUCACACCAAAAGAGCAAAUCAGACUGCCCAUACAGACCGGAUUAGAGGUGGUGAAGGUGGAUUUUAUCGUGGUCAACGCCUACUCACCAUACACGGCCAUAGUAGCCAGACCUUGGCUCCACGCCCUGGGAGCUGUUUCUUCUACACUUCACCAGAAGGUAAAAUACCCGUCAGGGGGCCAAGUGGAGGAGAUUGGGGGAGAUCAAGCCAUGGCUAGGCAAUGCAUGGUGGCUGCCAUCUCAUACCUGUCUAGUACAGUACCCUCGGCGUCUGUGAAAGAGGACUUAUAG